AUGUCCCUACGGUCUAGUCCAAGAGCCACGGCUGUGCCGCAUCAAACAGUUCUGUCGUCGCCGCAGUGGACGUGCACCCCGAGAGUGUUUCCCACCUCAGGAUUCAAGUUGCUUGACCAGUCCAUCGAGCUUGAGGAGGAGACACUGCCAAAUUACCAACCUGAGAAAUACUACCCAGUCAACCAGGGCCAAAAUCAGGACCAUGAGCGAGAGCUGCACAUCUACAAGCACAUGAAUUUAGUGGAAACAAAACAUCCUGGCAGAAACUUCAUUCGCAAACUCCUCGACCAUUUUUAUAUCCAAGGCCCUCAUGGCCGUCACAUCUGCCUUGUUCAUGAGCCUCUUGGAAUGAGUGCAGAUGUUCUGGUGAAGAUGUCUCCUGGGCAUGUAAUGACCCUUGAUGAUAUGAAGCCUGGUAUCCGACAGCUACUUAUCGCAUUGGAUUUCCUGCAUUCAGAUUGUCAUAUCAUCCAUACUGAUCUUCAGCUGAAGAACCUACUACUUCCCGGACCAGAGACAAGCUAUCUUUCCCGAUUCGAAGAAGCUGAAGUUACAGACCCAUCACCUAGAAAGAUGCUUCAAGACCGAAUAAUCUACAAGACUUUAGGUUUCGUUCCAAGAGGUGGGCUGCCAAUUCUCGCUGAUUUUGGGGAAGCUCGAUUGAGCGAUGAGGAGCACGAUGAUGAUAUCAUGCCAAACGUUUAUAGAGCUCCUGAAGUGAUUUUGAGGUCGAGCUGGGGUUACAAGGUGGAUAUAUGGAAUGUUGCCAUGGUCGCCUGGGACAUCGUCAGCCCGCGCACCCUUAUCAAUGGCAAAAACUCAAAUGGCGUAUUUGAUGACCGGGUCCAUAUGGCAGAACUGGUUGCCGUGCUAGGCCCUCCGCCACCUGAAUUCCGGGAACAGAGACACCUCAGUUCGGUCUUCUGGGAUGAGUUGGGCAACUGGAAGGAAGUAGCCCCAAUUCCAGAUAUUACCCUUGAGAGCCUGGCCGAGAAGGUUGAAGGGGAAGACAAAGAAGGGUUUUUACGGUGGCUCCGGAUGGCCUUGCAGUGGAAUCCCGAGGACCGGCCGACGGCUUUGGAACUCUUAUACGACGAGUGGCUGAUGAAGGGGCUAGGGGAGUGA